UUGCCUGGGUGAUGAUUAUGACCAAACAUUUGUCCCAGGAGGCUGGAAACCAGCUGCUUAAUGAGCCCCGGAGAAGCUGCAUCUCAGAGGAAAUCAAACAGACCUGAACAAAAGGGAAAAGACGCUCGGCAGGUGCUUUUAAGCAGAGUUGAAAACAAUGAAUGAUAACAAAUUUGUGGGAGAUGAUGGAGAUCUGGAAGCCAUCAAGGAGAAAGCGCUCUUGAUUGUCACAAAUGCCAUCCAAGGAGCAACGGACGCCGUGGGAAACCUGCAGAAGGAAGAGGCAGGAGCCAAAUAUGAAGUGCCAGAUAUUGCGUGGAUGAAGUGCCAAGACUUCACCAUCGGAAAAGGGCUAUUGCAGAUUGAGGAGUAUAUGAGGACAUGGGAGUUGCACGAGAGCUGGCUGCACUGGACAAAUUAUCUUGGAGAAGAAGAAUUAGAGUAUAGCAUGAGAUACCAUUACCGAGUACGAUGGAGCAUCCCGACGUGCAGGAAGCCCAUCCCACGAGCAACAGCCUGUGUCUAUUUUGUCAUAGAGAUUUCCAAAGUCAGGCCAUCAAUUUACACCUAUCACCACCAAAAUCUCAAUCGAUGCCUUUUUUUAAAAAAGCCACCACAGAUUUCCCAAGCACAGGGCUUGAAAACCUGAAGCCGAGGUAUGCACACUUAAUUUGAAAUUUUUUAAAAUAAAACAAAACCCCUGAGGGUGCUUUUAUAUGACACAGUUAUAGCAGUUUGAUACCAAAUUGACUUCUAUGGCUCCAACCUUAGGGGAUACUGAGCUUUUUAUUUUGAUGGAGAAUGUAGAAUUUUCUGCAAGAGACAGAAAAUUAUAUAAUAUAUAAUUCAGGGGAAGGUCCUGGAGAUCUCUUUCUGUAACAGAGAAUUGUAAGUAAUUCACCUAAUCGCAAAUUGCAAGACCCCAUAGAAAGGAGCAGUGACAGGUAAAGUACUAUUAAUCUGUUGUCAUUGUGUCGUGCAGAUACAGUCUCAUGCAUUUACUCGGAAGUAGCAGUUAUGUCGAAAAGAGAAGCAGGAAAGAAAAUGAGGCUACUGCACACACCACACAUAGAACGUAGUGACCUGGUGCUUAUUGUAAUAAAUCUCAACUAGGGUGGCCCCAUUCGAAUGCAUGGAACUUGCAGAGAUCUUGACUCGCCAAAUCCUCACAGAUUCAAUGUGCCUACUCUGGUGCAACUUACUAUACUAAGUAAAAGGAUUUCAUCCAGUGUGAAGUUAACUUGCAGAUCUUUUUCAGUGGAGCUGAGAGGGACUGUGCUCUGUAUGCAGAUUGUGUUUGAUAGCUACCCCAGGUAUACAUGCCUAAGGAUAGGAAGAGUUAUGAUUUGCCUACUUACACAGAAAAGGGAUUUUUUUUUAAAAGAAGAAGACCUUGUCUAAGUUUGGGAGGGGAGGACAACCUCUGGUUGGCAUUUCUCUAACUAAAA